CUCUAUGUUUGCAUCGAUGAAUACGAUGCUGGUAUGAACGAGGCCCUUAAAAAUGAAACACUCUUACAACCUCUUAUUGCUCAUCAUAAUUCCUCAGUUCAAAGUAAACUCGAAAAAAUUGAAAGUUCGUUCAAACAAUUCUACAGUCGUUUGAAGUAUGCUUGUGAUAGAGGCAUAGCUUAUGUUUUCCAAACUGGUGUGACUCCCGUCGUUAUGGCCGAAUUCACCUCGGGGUUUAACAUUUCGGAAGAUUUGGCGCUAAACGAAAAAUUCUGGGACUUAUAUGGGUUUAAGAGAUCGGAAAUUGAGCCUCUCUUGGAUAAAGCUUUUGGAAAUAGUUUGUUGACUAAUAUUAAAGAAGGAUUAAUGACAUGGUUAAAGGAGGAAAAUGACGGGUAUUUUUUUAACCCUAAUCAACCUGAAGGUAUCUUCAACACUGCACGUGUCCUGUACUGUGUCAGGAGGCUUAUGGAAAAAAAGGAAAAAUUGGACGAUAGUUGGGAUCCUUCAGUCGUCCUUAAUACACUUUUUAAUUUCCCCCCCCCCGACCCGCAAACAUUGCCCUCUCAAACAACAUUGGACUUAAUUGUUAACAAUCCCCUUGGAAAAUCCAUCCUUACCGAGGCACUUAAUCAACGCCCUCUCGAAUCUAGAAAAGGCAUAGAACAACGAUUUCGACUCACCAAUAUUCGCGAACUAGCAACUGAUCGUACCCCGUUAUUAUCAUUCAUGUUCUAUACUGGAGCCAUCACAUAUCAACCAAACCCAUCACCCACAUCAUUACAGCAUAGUUUUCGAAUCCCGAAUCGUAUUGCUAAAAAAGAAUUUAUUGCAGAGGCACUUAAGAUUUAUGACUGGAAGGAAGAGGAUUUAAUCCCUGUACGGAAAUGUUUGCAGAUUUUGGAGUCAGAGCAUAACAUUGAACCUCUUUGUCGAUUUAUAGAGGGAACUUUACUUAAGCCAUUGAAGGAUAACAGUGUUAAACAUUCAAACGAAGAGGCAUUGAAACAAGUCUUUAUGGAUACUUUAAUUCUCACUCUCCACGCAGACAUUGAACCAGAAUUUCAGGUGUAUUCACAGAGCUCUAAUUUCGGUGGAAAAGCAAUUGAUUUA